AUGAGCAAGUAAGUAAAACAGGAUCGACUCCCUCUAAAACCAUGACGAUACAGGCUAAAUAAGUCGCUUAAUUUGUGUUGUUCUAUUAGCCCUUUUUAUUAUCUUUUUUAUCGGUUUUCAUCAGAUACUUGUAAGAGUCACUCGUCUAGAACUAUAUGGUGAUGACCUCUUGCUCCCUCGUUAUAUGAGGCUAAUGCUGGCUCAAUCGAAUUUUCGAAGAUAUUAGACAUCAGAGAGAUCAGUUGGUUUGCGAUUUUAUUUAGAAAUUUUGCAAACAUACCGCCAGGGAUAGGUAAAGUGGGGUGCAACUGUCGCGAAAUUUUUCGUACAGCGUCUGUUGUGAAUGCAACCGUACUAGUUGGAUUGCUAGGUGUGAUCAUUGGGGGUUAUUAUCUGUCACAAUAAGCCGACUGUUCAGUAUCCAUAGACAGGAAGAAACCAGAUCAGAGGUUCGCCAUGUCAGAAUUAGCAGGAAACCUAUUUCCCUGAGAAUCCUCUAAACAGGAUAAGCAGUUACGUUUGCAUUUUGCCUUAUUCACAGAAGCAAAUAACUUUUCGACAAUUCUCGGCGCACCUUUGACUCUUUUUGGCAUAAAUGCUGCUUUCUUCCUCCUCAGAAGAUUCCGCCAUCUGUUCCGUCGUUUUUAAAAUCAAUGAAAUGGUCUGGUUGUUGACAUCUGAUGUAGUUUUUACAAAGUUUCUUUCUUUUCCAGGGGUCCUAGAGGCAUGUACCCAUUCAUUUGCGUUUGUAUCGAUUCGGUUGUCAGUAUGGUAUCAGAAAACAUUGUCAAUCGAUCUAAAUCAGGCAGAACGAUAACCUAUUCACGAGUAAGUCAAAACGACUUGCUCGGGACAACGGGGUUCUUCGUCGCCUGUAUAGCGGGCCGCCGACAUGACCGGUCUGGUGUCAUUGUUAAAGACCUCGCUGCCUCAAGUUCAUUCACCCUUUGUAAUGAGCCAUCCCAGACGAGCUGACCUGAAGCCACUCGACCGACUUCAGCUCGGACACAGUUGCGUCCCCACAGCGUCGCAGCCACCCAUGCGCCACUUGAACGUGCCAGCCGCUGCAACCAGCAAAACAAGCCACUGGGACACCACCCCUCGCCAAAUGCAACAUACACUGACUGAACAGCACUUGAGUUUGGUCCAAGAGCUUAAAAAAGCGGCUGCAACCACUAUCUCAGGGAUUCUCAGGCAUGACUGGACGCAGUCAACACCAGCCCCGGCUUCCCCAGUGACCACUGUCGCCUGAGAGGACAACUCCGGGUUCUGUGCACAAUGAACCGUUCAUCCUGGUGCCCUCUGUCUAUCGUCUCCCUACAACUUGGGACCUGGUCUGACGAUUGUAGCUCACAUGCUGCGCACACUAUCAAUGCAUAACCACUACACCUACGACGGCCGAACUGUUAUCAAACCACUAAUUCCCCGCAUCCAUACAACGGCGAGGAGCAAAAUUCACCCUUCUUCUUCCUUAAAAUUCCACGUACGAUCUCCCUUUCUGAAUUUUUUGUCGAUGCUUCAGGUGUUUACUUCCCGAUGGACAACCCCGCAGGCCCUCGAAGGUACAUUUCCUCCUUUCUUAGACCGUGCGUGUAUAAAUACGAGUUCAGGGAUUCCGAACCGUCUGUCUUCCAGCCAACUAAACAGACACUGAGUGAAUUUCGUUCUAUCUGCUGUCCACUUGUCCAAUGUUUCUUUUCCUUUCGUUUUCACCUGCUGUCAAAGUGUUCAGGCUUUUAUCGCUUUUCUGACUGCUGUUAGUCUUCAUGUUUCUUGUUUUCUAUCUUUAACUCCUAUGUUUCCCUCUCUUGUCACAUCUUUAAUUACUUAGAUUUCCAUAUUACGGUGGGACUUCAUGAAAGGGCAUCCAAUUUGCAGGGGUAUGGGGCUGUGGGAAAACUAUGACCUUGCGUGAACUUUGAAAAGUACUCUGACCGAGGGAGGUGUCAGCCAUUGGUGGUUGCGUGGGUGAUUUCACGUGACUUAGUGCCCUUCCUUGUGGCCCUGCGGGAGAAGUGGUGAGAUUUGUCUGUUUCCGAAGUAGCUGACGUACAAAAUGCAAUUCAUUUUCAUCGGUGACUGAAUCCUAUUUCAAUGCAGUCCUUUGGGUCGAAAUUUCGUAGCAUGUAUUGGGUCUAUUGACUUUCAGUUAGCCGACUGUGAAUUCACGGUACCUGGGCACAUUGAUGGGUACUGGGGCCAAAGCUUUCACCGUCUUGCGUAUAGAUAGCUAUCACGCAGGGGGAGUGUUUUGUUUAGCCGAGGAAUUAAUCGCACUAGUCUCUGGGGUGAGUCCCAUGCCAGGUGUCGUGCAGGGCUCAUGGACGCCUACUCAGCGUCUGCGCGUCUGACAAGCGGUCAAGAGACGGCAACUACAAGGGCGACGAAAGGAGAAAUAAUCAUUUCCAGCGGCAGUGUCAAUGUAGGACGAAACAAACGGCGAGAUAACUACAACGCAAAAAUUGCACUGGUACUACGGGAAAAUCCGUAUCGUAGGUCUAAACGAAAGCUGAAAUUGACGCAAAUACACCGGAUACGUGGUUCACGCCACAUAAGCUAACUUGGCACGCUAUGUAUCGUACCAUACCUCGAUACGCGCAAGGCAGACAUGCUCGUUCUGUCGUCUGUCUGGUUUUUUUAGCGCAUGUUGCCGGUUCGGUCGUGACCACAUCCCGAGGGGUCUGUGACUGACUACGUGAAGGCCUCUUAUGUAACUCCUGGUUCCGUGUUACUUGUGUAUAACAUGUGAGGGUACCCGCGGCGUUAGCGCGCGGAUUUGCCAGAAGGCGUGAACUUGCGCUGUAUAUUCUGUCAGUCAUCUAGCUUAUUCGUCUUCAUGCAGAUUUUACAAUUGCCCAUGUUGCGAGGUCUUUGACAAUCGACGGCUGGCAGUGCAAGUUGGCCCGCUGAGAGAGAUGAAAAAAUUUUACAUUGUUCCGCCACUAGGGAGUCAAAAACCAUUGCGCGAACAGUGGUAGAAUUGUUAUUUUCCUUGUACGGAACUAAUACCCAUUAUAAGUACCUGUUUCAAAUCCUAGGAGAUGCAUAUUGUUACAUGGAACCCCAAUAAUAACCACAUUAAAAAUCCACUCCUGCCUGUGUCCGAGCUCGAUAGGCUGGCAGCGCGGUGUGUGCAGUUUGUAGGGGCACCAGAGAGCCCAUGACGAAAUUUUUUUUGGAGUUUGGCCGUGGCUCCGAUUACGUGCUGUUUAAAACGUGUGACUCGCGAAAGAAUAGGCUUUUAAACGUUUGAAGGAUCUUGUCGGUGCUACAAACUUCCUUCUGUCACUCUAGUCAAUUAGUGUCACUGAUAUUUACGGUGUUCGCCUCCAGGGAAUAUUAGGUCAAAAACUGUGUCCAACUGAGGCAUGUUCUUCAGGACGCCCCACAAGCACUACUAAGCCGAGGAGGGCGUAGUCGCAAAGAUUAUGUUCCGAGCGAAAGAGUUCGUCUGAACGGUAGUUAAGGACUGCCCAUCUCCGGAGUUUUCAAAUUGUAUAUGCUUGAUUCAGAUGACCAUGCGCUCUGCAUCACACCGUCAGACAAUGGUGACACCAAAGGGUUGUCCGAUUUUGAGCAUAAACAGUCCAAUAGUCCACCCUAGCCAAUUGCCAGGCAGACGGCCUGUGGUAAUUACACCUGUGGAGAGAGCACUGCUCCCGGGCUAGAGGAUCGAUUUAAUCAGUACCUUAGGAAUUGGAACAAGCUCAACCAAAAUACAUUCGCCUACGAAUGUUGGACACGACCCAUAUAUUCUGAAGAUGCUCGGUCGGUGGUGGUUCUCGCUCAACAGUCUCACGAUCCGUCCCUCCGUAUCUCCGGCGCGCAGCUUAACAUAACAACUAUGCUUCCCCUUCCAUUUUGCUUACUCAUAUGGGGCGAAAUCGCUCGAAAUGAGGUGUCCUCCGGCCCUGACUGAUUAGUCGACUGAAGACAUGGGUCGAUUGGCCAGCGGCUAGACUCGAGCACAAUUCUAACACUUUAAUUUACAGUCUACGGUUGACUUGCCUUUGGAAUUUGCGGCUGAUAGGCUGCAUUGGAAGACAAUCAUUCAUUAGUCCGCCACACUUCAGCAUGGAGCCAUUUGUGUCGGCCAUCGGGAAUGCCAUCACGAAUACAAGUACCAGCGGCGAUUAGUAUCAUUUAACUAUCAACUAACUGAAUGCUGGAACCGACUUGAUGGACAUACUCCACAAACUUCUAGACCGUGUCUUUGCCUUCAUCACCAUACCCGAAGGCACUAUUUAACUUAGGCUCGACACCAUUCAGAAUGAGAACUUUAUGACUAAGCCUUAUUUCUGCUAGGCUGUUGCUAUUGCUAGUUUUUCAUUUCAGCUGUUUCACAAAAGUUUGCUGAAGUGUUUGUUCCCCUCUAAUUUGGUCCCCAAAUGCAUGUACAAACGUGUUUAUAAUCUGCACACACCUAAAUUGUGCCAUUUUUAUAAGAGCUAGGCAUCUUUGAAAUGUUUAAAAGCGAUUCUCGAGGUCAUUAACCACGUAGGGUUCACAAGAGGGUCUAUCAACUAUCUGUGCGAGUUUCUUAACCCUUUUUAAAUUGGUGAGGCUCUUUAAAGAGGUGCAAGCCUCACCUUCCCGCCGCUGGAAGCCACUCCUACCUUUUCUUGACACUAACAUUACCGCAGUGACAUUGCUAGACUUUUGUUUCAUAGUGGUCAAUGCAUAAGCACAUACGAACUCUUUUUAAUAUAAGGCGGGCCCCGGGCCAGUGUACAUAUAUCUUUUAUGUCCGGUGGCGUAGAUCAAUUUUCGUGAUUGCUCAAGUUAGUCUGGAAAAAAUACGCAAGUUUUGCCCAACAUAUAUGAGAAAGUCUCAAAGUGGUUCACUGCAAAGGGCGAUAGCAAACAGUUUCUAACCUUGCAACAACCUCGGCUUGUUGCUUGUGCUUGAAGUAGACGGUUUACCAAAUCUUCUCGAAGUACUUAGUAAUAUAUUAGCUACAGUUACUGUCGCCUAAUUCCUAUUCGUAGUGGGUAUCACACAGAAAUAACAAUAUGAGGCCUUGUUCAAUCCUGAAAUAUUUAUAGGCGGUUGUAGGAAUUUGAACAACGAGUGCUAAGGGGUUCAUCUUGGCCUUGUCCUGUAUGAUCUUGCUGAUAUUCACUUGCAGCCUAUAACAAUCGCAGGUCUUAAACCUUGGCUAGAUAACGGUCCAUUGUCGCGCAUUCUAAGAAGAUCGAAGAGGUUCCCUUUUUUGACGCACUGGCCGACGCGCCAUUCGGCAAAGUUUUAUAAACUUGAAGGAAUAUUUCCCCGGAAUGAAUUUGAAGCAAGCAAGGACAGCAGAAUUUAAUGGCACCACAAAAUUUCGCGACCGCUUCUCAACUGCUGCCGGUCGUUGCAUAACAGAAAUAACAAGUGAGAAAGGAACAAAGGUUUGAAUUUCGACAGAGAAAAUCGAUGUGAAACAGCAAGGUCAACGUGUACUGUGCGUAGACUAAUCGAUAAAAUGGUAACUUCAAAAUGCAACAUGGGAAUGCAAAUGGGGAACUAGGCAUGCCGAGGGAUUUCGAAACUCAAAAGGGGCUCGGGUCUACCAGGACAAGCUGAGGUUGACCACGUGGUCUAACUGUUUACAUAGGUCGGGUUUCUUCCGCCGUAUAUAGGCUGCCUCCAGGUAGCGCAAUAACCGAGUAGUUCGUGCUCGAACUAAUACUCGAAAAGACGUCUUAGGGUCAACCGAAUGGCCACUAUCAAGGAGAUGUUUUGUAAUGGAAGACCGUGGAGUCUUGUUCUCCUGCUUUAGAAGCCAUUUAGGCAAGUGCUCAACUGCUCUGGCUGCCAGUUGCCUUUGCGUUCGCCCAAUGUACUUGCAUCCACAAGUACAUGUAAAUUCGUAAACACAAUUUGACGUGGCGUGCAAUGGCAAGGCAUCCUUCGCCCGUGGAACUUCGAUAGCCUUAGUAGAACUGUAGAAGAUGAGUUCAGCUGCGUUGUAAGUUCUUUCAAUAGUGCAUCUCAAUCGCCGCUUGAUGGUAUUUGAGAUGUUGUCGCCCCUAAAGGGUAAGGAUAUUAUAACGGGCUACCUGGAGGCAGCCUAUAUACGGCGGAAGAAACCCGACCUAUGUAAACAGUUAGACCACGUGGUCAACCUCAGCUUGCCCUGGUAGACCCGAGCCCCUUUUGAGUUUCGAAAUCCCUCGGCAUGCCUAGUUCCCCAUUUGCAUUCCCAUGUUGCAUUUUGAAGUUACCAUUUCAUCGAUUAGUCUACGCACAGUACACGUUGACCUUGCUGUUUUACAUCGAUUUUCUCUGUCGAAAUUCAAACCUUUGUACCUUUCUCACUUGUUAUUUCUGUUAUGCAACGACCGGCAGCAGUUGAGAAGCGGUCGCGAAAUUUUGUGGUGCCAUUAAAUUCUGCUGUCCUUGCUUGCUUCAAAGUUUUAUAAGCUCGCAGAUCCUGACUCCAGUCACCUAUCACGGACUCGAGCUAAAACUCAUGUAGAAGUGACGCUGAACCCAUCCACGAUAAACUUGGUCACACUCUCGCCUCAUCGCCUGAAAUGCUGUUUGCUCUGAUCUCAGUUGACUUACCGUAGUAUACCUUCUCGCCUUAGUGCUCAAAUUUCGAGCAAAAUAUGUGACAGACAAAACUAUCUACCCUGCAAUUUGUAUGCAUGCCACUUCUUAAGAAACCGUUUCCGUGAUAAUCGUAGCUCGUAUUGUCCAGAAGCUUUGUUCUUCAGAGGUUUAAACGGUCUUGUCAAUCAAUCCCUUUACAGCUUUUGGCCCACUUGGCACUUCAUCAAACUCAUGCUGUGAAGACUCAUGACUCACUAUCGACCCGGAUCCAAACUACCCCAGUCCUACGAAGAAGAAUACGGCGAUGAUGAUGAUUUGGAUGACGAUGACGUUGAUGGGUACGAUUGCUUGAGUGAUUAUGACGAGGAUUUGGAGUACACGGAAGGAUCCGAGAAGCGGGAAUCAUACGGGCGAUCCCAGCACUGUUGCAAUGAUACGGGCAACUCGAAGUCGGGCGGCCGAAACGCGGACUUGCGACGCCAUCGCAGCAUAAGUGAGGGCUGUCCUCGUGUCGCCGAGCCCACCGAUGACAACAGGUUUUGCAUGCUUCUACUUGUUUCUCUGUUUUCAAUGGUGGACGGCAAAUGCUUCUGCUCCGAGUUUUCUAAUUUAACUUUUUUCGCAGGAUUGAAUCAGCAGUAUUUGACUGAAAUGCAUUAAAUCAGAAGCUUAGAUCCAGCCGUGUUUCCAACCUGUUGGGCGAUGUUGUCAGAGCAUGUGCCUGGUGUGUAUAAUGUUAUCCCAAUAUUUUCCUGUUCUCGUAUUUACAGGUAGGCCUUAAUCCUGGGCUUGAUUUGGGAUGACUUGUGCACGUGACGACGUUUAUCAUGGAUGGCUCUACUGAGUCUAAGCUGCAAGUUAACUCUGUCAGGAGUGAUUACCUUCCAGUGCAGUCGAUGACUCGCAAACUCCACUACAAAUUUAAGUAGCGGACCAAACACGCAAACCAGGGAUGCUCUCGAGUUCGGCCAUUACCUCACUGGCCCACGCUUUCAGUCUAUUGACUUGCUGUCGUCACAGUUCGCGUCGGGAUCAGACGGACUGACAUCCUGAACGAUUUUGCCUUCGGUCGACGAGCAAAGCGGGGACAGUUGACAGGUUGUUUCUGACUAGUUUGGUAACCUUCCGAUCGGGGUGAGUGGUAAAGAAAGCAGUCGAUCAAAUAAAUCCAGACAAACAAGCUAUGCAUGCUCCUUCUAUAUUUCUGAGAGAAACUCUGUUUGCUCUGAAUUGGAUUUUUUUUGAUUCCACAUCGUUUCAAGGGGUUUCGAUGGAGUCCACUGGGAAGCGCCUCCUCCUGGUUCGUCUCUUUGACAGUUAAUAGGCUUGACUGAGCUGGUGCUGUCUAAUAGGUCAGAAUCCUUAACGUCUUAGGUGAUUAGGCAACUGUUUCUUACCUCGAAACUUGAGGCCAGUAUCUUUGUUGUCGUAAGCUUGCUGUAUGACAAACCCCUUUGACUGUCUCCGAGCGUACCUGCGAGAGCCUGUUGAAUUUGUACGAAGAACUUCGCAAGCUCCACAGUAAUUAUGGUAGUUGACCCGUAGUACAUGGGCCUUGUCAUACUACUACACCGGUGCAGUCCGCCGAUGCGUACUUAGAGAUCCAUUUGGCUAAACACUUAAACAGUGUUGCUGAAAAAGCAGAGCUGCCAGACGUCUAAAGGGAUGUCAGAGACCACUGUGUCGUUCGGUCUUAUGAGUUCGGUUCUUUGUGUGAUAGUAAUCAUCGUAACGUCAGUGGUAGGCUUUUGUGCAGUGUUAUCGAGAACAGGGGAUCCUGAUGUGCAGAGGCCAAACCCACGAAGCAGACGAAAAGGGGCUGAGUGCAACUGACGACAGCGAGGUACUGAUCCACGAAUCACAACCCCGUCCGAGAACUGGGCUGGACCACAUUUCGUGCGUGUAUGGACAUAGGCAGGAACUGUAAAGAACGACUGUAAGAACUUCAGUGGCUACUCUGAAGACACCUGUGCCAUCUGGCGCUCCUCCUAAAGAUCGGUUUUGCAAGAACGUCGCCCCGAUCAGUAGGCAUGGUCUCCACCUUCCACACUGCGCCCCACCCCAUAAUCAUCAGGCAGCACAUGUAGCGUAACGUCCAAUCGGAGAAGCGCCGUCGACUCGCAAACGGUAUUGGAGGGAGGUGUGGAUUGUUUAAUCCCAGAAAGACCGACUACUUCGAAGAUCCUGCCUAAAAGUUAUUGAAUCUCGAAAUGUGCAAAGUCAGGAGAUACAGGUAUUCGGAACAUCAUGCGAAGUAGGAUGGUAAAUGGAGAAAUGUGAUUUAUUACCAACUAUAAAAAUAAUGGGCAACUAUUACAAAAAAGGAAUUGGAUGGAAACGGACAAAUGACCAAAACGACUUGCCGUAGGUUGGUAGGAGGCCGUUCGCCAUACGUGACCUCGGAAACAUGAUCCCUGCAAAACGGAAAAAAACUCACUCCGGCGUGAGUGUCCUUUUAAACAACCAAGGUCGGGCGUCCGGUUAGGCCUCUGGCUGUUACAGUAGAUCUCCACCGAUGGGCAGCCACUACCGGGCACCUGACUUCUCGGUUUUUCUGUCGCAUUGAGGAUCUCGGUAGAUGGUGAACUGAAGUUGCAUUUCUUCUUGGGUGCUGGAACGGAACUUGGCAGCCCAGGGACUGCCACUGCAGAAGCAAAAAAGUUAUCUUCCCAUGGGCGCUCUUUUCGUGUCUUUGCCGCGUGUUGAUGUUUUGACAGGCGUAUUGUUGAAGUGAAUUAGGCCUGUAAACCAGUUCUCUCUCCUAAUACAAAUUGCCAGUAAAGUUUGCUGCAGUUUCGCGAUCAUGUCGCUCAGACACGUGAUCUCACGAUUCAAGCGGGGGAAGUUCCUGUCGCCAUUUAGCCUCUUGGAUCAAUUCGUAAAAGAUCUCAUUUUUUUGCGGUGAUACUUGUUGCGGCGUGCCGCAAUUCGAAGUAGCUUUUCGAUGGACGCCGCUGAGGCUGCUCUUCUCUAUUUCGCUGCACUGAAGUCAUUCGAGGAAGUCAGGCAGAAGCCUCUGACAUAGGCGGGAACCCUAAGGCUGUCAAAAGCAUGUUUUUUUGCAAGUUGUGCCUUUUGGACAGUGCAGUCUGAGCCGUACUCUAGCACUCUAGAAAGCCCAACCAGGUGUGUGCGCCGCGCAUCGUACUAAAGUCUAACGCACUAUACCCAGCGCGUUCGGACAAGUAUGUAGUUCAACUUAUCUAGACUGCCGUUUGAGUGUCAGGCAAAGAGUUGUCUCCUGGAGGGUGGGGGGUGGAGGGUAGGUCACCGUGACAACCAAGAAGCCAAUCGCCACUUUUCGCCUUCCACAAAUUCCCAUCUUGCAGAUGAUACGCAUUCGGGAAAAGCAUGCCGAAACCGGAACGUGCUUUGCAUCCCCGUCACAUAUCAUCGGCACCCAUUGUUUUGACAUUGUUGUUGGCGUUGUUGACUCAUCAAAACUGGCUUCAUGACAACGCCCAGUUGCAAUCCUCGGCAUUCCGUACCAGUUUAGUGUCAGUUUGACAAGUGAACUUGCAAUUAACCAAUAUUAGGUGUCGUCAAGUUUUGCUCCAUCUCAUCACACAACCAAAGUCUGACUGAAGAAGUUGAUGAGUUAUGAUGUUGCACAGUCUUUUUGCAGUGUAGUAUUUAGUACUUGGAAGACGCGCCUCACCAUACUAUCGACAAACAGCAGAUGUGUUAACUCAUGAAAUGUUAACCGAAAUUCUAAAAUGCGUUUUUGACUCGGAAAGAUUACUUAAAUAGGUUUUUAAUAUUGAUCAUGCAGAAUAAUCCCACAGUUACUUCAGGAUGCCGGCGUUUGAUCAAACUUCUUUCCGGCUGCUUGCAAAAACCACUCGUCGUGAAAAGUGGCUACUUAAGUCGCACGACUUUUUCUCACUGAGUUUCCAUGCCUCUAUAAAUUCACUUAUAUUUCAUAAAAAACAAGCAUAAAAACAUCCAUUCUUUUACUCAGUUGAUGGAACAUUACGUCUUCAAAUUUCGCACUUUAAAGAAAGGUAUAAUCCGGUUUUAAAAAGGUUUCUAAUUAUGAGAUUUAAAACCGUGAAAUGCCCGUUCAUAAAACAUCGUUUCUCUGCAUUUACUAAUGUUGCUCGCAAAGUUUGCCGUAUUGCCCAAACCUAUUCCUAAAUUUUACGAACCCCAUAUGGCCUUUUAAUAGCGUAUAGGGGCGUGUGACUCUCCAUACAAGGAAAAUAUACAUCCUGUAGUUUGGAAACCCUGGAUGCAAGUGUAACGACGGGUUACCUUCAAAAUUACUCGGGAAUUGGAAAAGUUUUUUAAGACUGAAUUAUGCCCCUUCCCCAAGUAUGAAAUUGGAAGACGCAACUUUCUACCAAAUGAGUAAAAUAAUGAAUGGAAGAGAAUAUGCACAUCCCAGGUUCGAAAGCUCAGGCAAAUAAAUCUACUGUCCCAGUGAUCGUGCCUUCGUCAUCUUUUAAAAAAUAAUUAAUAUCUCUAUGCGGGUUUUUAAUGAAGUAUGUUCGCAUUUGUAAGGGCAUAUAAAAUAAAUGAGAAAACGCGUACUACUUAAAUAGUCCUUUUUUACAGUGUGGUUUUUGCAGGCGGACGGGAUAAAAUUCAUUCAAAAGCCGGCAUCCCGAAGUAACCGAAAUAUUUUGGGAUUGUGCUGGAAAGUGACGAACAUCGAAACCUUGCCUAAGUAAUCCUUUCGAUUCGAAAAUGCAUUUCAGAAUCUCAGCUAAGAUAUCGUGAGUUAGCACACCUACUGUAGGUACUAGCCAAAAACUCGGGCACCUUUUGCCGAUUUUCUGCUGCUACACGACGCCACUCGAGGUUUCUGGGCGUUCUGUACGUAACUGCUGGCACGUGCUCAACUUUUCAAAGUGUAUAUGAUAUUUAUCAAUACUUACAGGUUUGCAGAUUUGCGGAGUCAUGUUGAUGAAUUCGGUACGUUUUCGCUUGAACAUUGAAAAUUUUGGACCUAGACCUUAAAAGUUAUGAUUGUUACUUUACUGUAUGUUCGUACAUUUAUCUGCGACGGAAUCAUAAGCUGUGCUCUAAACCACUUUUUAGUCACUUAUACUGGGGGAAUGAACUGCCCACCAGACCGAAUCAGGGGAUAGGCAGCAUGUUUCAAAAAUCGCACGUAAUUGCUGCUGUAGAUCCUCCCCACAAAUCAGUCUGUUAUCCUUUAACUAGGCAUUGGAAAAAAGCGGUCUUCGACUCCAUACCUCAUAGGCAUUUCUAACUCAUUUCACUUAUCAGAUACAAGUAGCCGACUUGGACUGCCCAUAUUUACCUGCUUUCGCCUCACUCAUGAAUUUAGCGCUUUUGGCGGGGUGGCACUCCCAAGCGUUCAUUGAUCUCGAUUUUUUUUUCUUUUACUCAGACGGGACCACCACAAUCACCUGGAAAGAAAGCGUCGUGCAAGUAUUAAGGGCAGCUAUAGUGAUCUUCGCGAGGCGAUUCCUGGCCUCCGUGGUUCCAAGGCCUCCCGCGCUGUAACCUUACAGAGAGCCGUGGAAUACAUUGAAGAGUUGCACAGACGAAACCGAGAGCACACCCUUUGUGUGGACACACUGACCCGGCAGAACGAGGCCUUAGAUAGACAGGCAUGUUGAUCAAUAAUUGCUACAAUCUUCACGUUCCUGAAAAAAUCGCAUACAGUUCUUAUGAUGUUCCCAGUGUGAUACUGAGGCAUAUAUUUGCCAAGUUCUGUUGUGACGAACGUGAUUUUUCAGGUACAGUGACCGAUCUCAUGAAAUGUUGGCCGAAAUUCUGAAAUUCGUUUUUGAUUAGGAAAGAUAACCUACGUGAAGUUACGAAAUUGAUUGCCAUACAACAUGCUGCGCCAGGAUGCCGACUUUUGAAUGCACGUUUUUUCGACCGCCUGCAAAAAAUUACUGCUCAAGUAGUACGCAUUUUGCUAUUGCUUUCAGAUGCUCUUACCAAUGCAAACAUAUUUUUCAGGAAAAUUGCGCUAAGAUAUUUUUUCUUGUAUCCACUUAGUAGUCAAACACGUCCUCUUCAAGUCAUACUCGAAGAAGGGGUAUUGUUAGGCUUUGGGAGAGUUUCUAACUAGGCGAUUUUCUAGGACCGUGCAAUGUCCGCUCAACUAGCAUCGUGUCUGCCUUUUAUUAGUGCUCCUUAUGUAGUAUGCGACAUAGUGUAGCGGCCGAGGACGUCAAGGGUAGCACACACCAAAGUAGGGAAACGCUGAGAAGAGGUCCUGGCAGAGGUAGACCUGAACAGAGUUGUCAGCAUCUCUUGAGACUCAUUCACACGCAGGAGAAGAAAGCACAUCAAGUAUGGGAUAUAGUAUAAUAGAACAACAUGGGUACGGAGAAUGUGUAUAAUAAACGUUAGUGUACACGUGGAAUGAGAAACUGCGAAUAGAUUACCUGUCUGGAUGGAUAGGUGUCCCUGACAUACUAGCUAAACAGCCGGUGGGGAUGCAGCGCUGUGGGCAACUGCAGGACAGGGCCGAGGGGAGGAGCCGACGUUGAGUGGGAGAGAGACGAGGGCGACGGUGUGUUGCGGGGGAGGGGUGUCGGCGGUAGCGAGACGAAGGGACACCGGCCGUCUUCACCAGCACGCAGUUACACCAUCUCCAUCCCAGGUCCGCGCCAAAAGUGUCACAGCACUCAAGCAACCCUGUUCAGGUCAAGGGACGUUACAAUAGCACCCACCCAUUGCAAAUUUUAUAAAUAUUAUUUGAUAUAUUCCCAAUGGCCUAGGAAUCCGUGAUUUUCCUUAAACGAAAAAUAUGCAGUUUGCAGACUGAUAACUCUAAAAGCAAAUGCAACGGCAGAUCGGACUCUGAAUUAUUCGGGGACUGAAACACUUUAAGACCUAAGUAUUAAAUUAGAAGAAUUGAUUUUCUACCAAAUGGGUGAGAGAAAGAAUAUUCUCGUGCGUGUUUUCCGCAAGAUACAAUUGGAUUUACUAGGGCAUCGAAAUUCAAUAGGAAAAAUGCAUACUAUCUGAGUAGUCACUCCCUAUCAAGUCGUGUUUUUGCGGACAGGAAGGAGUUCGUUCGAAAGCCGACAUCCCCUCAUGUCUCAAAUAUCAUGUGAUUCACACUAAUUAUUGCUAGAAAUUUAGUUCAGUAGUCUUUUCGAGUCGAAAACGCACUUCAGAAUUUCGGUUAACAUUUCAUCACCGACUGUAUAUCAUCGGUUCGAAAAAUGUGACACGGCUGGUGAAGGAAUAGAAACAAUCCCACCUCUAUUGAGCCAGAUCUCUCGUUUUCCCAGGUCUGACCCGUGUUUUCCGUCUGUCUGACUAUCCCAACUUCUGUUUACCGGGAAACAUGCUAAGGCUACCUAUACUGUUCAUGCUUGAUAAAGCAAUACGACCCGUCGGUUCGUUUGCUCUUAGAAAUCUGAAGGAAGUUUUCUUGGUAGCUUCUUUUUGAAGGAUUAUCUGAUUCGCUUUCGCCCGUUGAUUUAUUGACGGGUAUUUCAAGCUUGCUACCAGGUUUUGACUCAUCCAUAGAGCAUGUCUGUCAUUUAAACCCGAUUAUGGCUUCAUCAAAGAACCAGGAGAAGUGGCCACUCACUGGCUGCUAGUUUGAUUGGAAAUAGUUCAGGGAAAUUGAUUAACACAGAUCUCACAUAAAGGCUUCAAAAAGAGUACGUGCCCAUUUUUGAUAUUAUUUUUGUGGGUUAAAUUUGGCCAUUAUUGCAAGCAAGGCAGGCUUUAGACGACGGUAACGCUAUCUACGAUCAUGCCACAAUUACCUCCGGUAAUUGUAGCAAACAUUGAUAAAAAGUACUUUAUAUGGACAGCUUCCUUAAGUAUCUGUUGUUCGGUACUUUCCAGUUGGUUGGAGAUCAAGUGCUGUUUGGGUCUCAUUAUUUUAGAUUGCUGGGUGUCAGCCUCCAAUUUAUCUUUCAUUGACGCUUUCCAUGUAGAAUCGAAAGUUCCAUUGUUUAUCGGGCGUCACUCAUUACCAGCUAAGCCACUUGAUAAUAUUUUCGCAGCGCUUUCAGCGUUAGGACUACCGCCUUUACCGUGUUUCCUGUCUUCAGAUCCAAGACCUAAGUCGCGACUGCCAACUCAUUGAUGAAGACGAGUACGCGGCCGUUACUGCCUUCGGACGUGGCCCCAAUACUGCUGGUCCGCCCGCAUCCUUCGGCCAGGCUGCUUCAUUCAACAGCGCUGGUGGUGGUGCCAAUGGUACCGGCGGCUUCAACGUGCGUUUCGUGGCCUCCACAGCCCAGCCAGUUAACUCUAAUAGCGGUUCGUCAGCCACAUCUCCUAGUGGCGGUUCUAGUACAGGAUGCCCAGUCGUACGAGUGUUCGCGCAGGACAGCCCCUCGACAGAUGCGGUUAGUCCAACUACCACCUGUAGUCUUGAUUUGUUGCGAGGUCUUCAAGUCCUGCUCAUCGCAUGCUUUUUUUCAUAAUUCUUAGUUCUAGAAUUGAAAUAAAACGGCUCCAUGCAUGGACGUGGCAUACUGCGGUUUAAGGGAGCACUAUUUUUGUUUUAUUACAAGUAUUUCCGCCGGACUUAUUAUUAAAAUGGUAGGAAUAGACUCAUAUGGUGGUCACCUGCGGCGAGUGAUCGCCCACAGUUCGACUGGCGUUCUUAGUCCUGACAACUUCACCGUGAUAAGAACUCUGGUGAAAUUACUUGGGUUACCCCCUUGGCUUAAGUUCAUCCUUCAUUCUCGGAAAGAAUCAUUGAUACGACACUUAAGCUAUACGAAAUUUGUGCUCGAAACUGAAAUUCUUACUCAGAUCCUAAUUUUACUUCGGCACUGAGGCCAUGAAUUGUUUGUAAAAACAGGCAGAAUACCGUGUCUUACGAUCGGCUGUCGACUACCCCUGAAUCUAUAUUCAAGGAAAGGAGUAAGAAGGAAUGUGGGAGACUGUAGCCCGACUUGGCAGAACUUUCCAACCGUUCGAGUGUGUGCAUGGCGUAGGAACGAGGUUCUCAGAAUCUGCAUGCAGGACCCGACCUUGAUGUAUUAACCAAAUAACGCCGGUAGUCGAUGAAAAUCAUUGUCAGGCAGUUUUUCCUGCUUGAGUUUUUUUGACCCAGCCUGGUACUUGAAAUCACGUGGAGCAUAUGCGCCCUCGACUCAUGUCCCCAAUACCAACGCGGCAGAGAAGGAGAACACGUCCAACCACGGAAGUGUAUUAGGAAACUGCAAGUCAAGUCUAACUGGAAAGUUAAGCGUAUUUAUAAUAUCAUACUGGGAUUCGCCUGCAUUCGGGCCAGUGAACUGCGAGAAGAAAAUUCUAGACGAACUGUUCGAUUACUCGCAUACACGAGUCGAUCAGACUCGAGGGGAGCAGCCAAUGGCGAGGCGCCACGAUCAUGCUGACAGCACGCUCGAGAAAACGCACGUGGCCUCCAGUGAUUAGCUGGCUCUUGUUUUUGGGAGUGUAGGCACUCUCAACAGAGUUAUAGGUGGAGGGUUUUCAUGGUAGUUGCAUGGAAAGGGGUCCGAACUAUUAGAUUAGGCAGGAAACAGUCACUGUGGGUAGACAGUGUCUAGUUGGACACGUCUUCCAGGUGAGACAGACGCAGGAGUGAAGUUGUGGUAGACGGUGGAUCGAGGUAAGUGGUAGUUGAUGACAGUGUGCUCGAACCUAGGUGUCACGGCUGUUCCACCAGAUACCACCAUUUGCACCCACUGUUUAAUCUGCAAACACCUCCGGAGUAAACGGACCAUUUUGGUCUGUUCGGUGUUGUUUGGCGUUCUUUGGAUUGAUGUCGCAUUACCUCUCUGGUUGAAUAGUUUCGCGCAGUGUUCUUUGGCGUAGUGCGCAUGCUGUUUUCGUGGCUUCGAAUGUGUGCUGGCAGCGACAGUACGUUGGAAAAGGUUGAACGUUAAUAGUGUUGUCUCUUGGUACUCCAUUUUCGUGCUCUUGGCCGUGUGUACUCCGCUGACCAUGGAGGCCAUGAUUCCGUUUUGAUGGACACUCGCCACGCUAUUGACCCUCUGCGAGUGUUUUUCUGGAGUCCUGAUUUUUGCCAAGAUAUUUGAAUGAGACUUACAAUGCAUCUAUAGGGUUGCCUUUGUCAUUCUUCGUUGUGGAUACAUGUAACGAAGGUGUCAUAGGGUGUUUGUUUUGGAAGGUGUUCAUCCGAUAUCCCUGUUAUAUGGUUGCUCCAUAAAGCUUGAAUUUGCUCUAACUGAAAGAUAUUAGGCAUGCGAGUUUUUAGGACCUAGCUGUACGAAGAUUUUUUCUCCUGCCUAACCUUCAAGAGUGUCUGAAAAUAGCCGGAAUUGAGGUAGUUUUCUCGCAUUGCGCUAUUUGAAGAUCCAGGUUUCCGUAUUGGUGAGCAACGUAGGGGGCAUCACGGUCUUUUAUGUCUUCAAUCUGAUGCUGCACAAGGUGUCUCGGCGACAUCAGUGUGACGAUUGUAGCCUGUGCAAACUGCGCUAAUUAUGCAGAUUCUGGCUACGUCUUCGUUAUCAAUUGUAACGUCCUUCGAGAUUGAGUCUCCCAAGGGACAAAAAUUAUCAUCAGCAGCAGGUCAUCGAAUGCUGACUGGAAGUAAAUUAAGCCUAUCCUAUAGUUGGCACUGUUUGACAUACGAUCACCUUUUUCUCUGUCUUGAUGACUAGUCCGAAGCCUGCGCAUCGGUAGACUAAAAGAAUUAGAGUAGUUAAUCUAAUCCAUGGAGACGUGUUUAUAUGCACAUACUCAGAAUGUUGAGCAGCUUUCCAUCACCCCAGUACUCGAUGUUGAAUUCCGGGUGUUCAUCCAUUAACGUGGAGGGGAUGAGGCCUUCAGCGGAUGAACACUAAAGUGGCCUUUACAACCGACCGGUAUUGGUAGCACACAUUGGUGCCACCCACGGCUCGCACCAACAAGCAAGCGUCUUUGUUGUUAGAAAUUGUAGACUAUUUAAAGUGUCGGACGCACUCGUGCCUUGUUAGAUCGCUUACAAUCACAAGAGUAGACAAGGCAUACCUGAGUUAUCAAAAACCACGACUCCACGCACCUGCCAUUUAAAAAAAACGUUUAUGUUGCAUUCAACUAUUUUAAAUAUAGGAAUUAAAGCUUCCAUAGUAGUAAAAGUUGAGCAUAAGCUUUAUGGACCCUGCUAAAUAUGGACGUGGUACCAGAGCGUUGAAUGCUGACCUGCGACGCACCGACUUCUCUCUAGACGCCACAAAGCCUAGUGACACCCGCGGUCUGUAGACCGUAAAACACUGCUAAGUGGAUUCUCUUGUUGCCUCUGCCUUGCGGUUGCGACCUGGAAAUAACAACCCGACUGACUGUUGGGAAUUCGGUAGCACCGAAAAUUUUAAAAGGGCCUGAAAAGGUAGGCUAUCUGGACCAGGUCUGAUGAAAACCAUGUUGAGUACACGUUGGCAAGAAACCCAGCUGCUGGGAACCACGCAUACAUAAAACAACGGCCGGCGAUCAACGGCCUCUGAACAGUAUCCAAAUCAAUUUUGCAUCCAUUUACGGCCGCGCCUAUUUUAGUUGAUAUCGGGAGAAGUGGCGUGAAAAGUUACGACCACUUAAUUCGGGGAGGGUCUCCGAUUCAUUUUUCGGGCUGCCUUUAAUUUGCGGGGCAAGUUUCGAAUCAUCACCCUUUUCUUUGGCGUCUAUUGCCAACCACAAGCUUUUUUCGCUUUGCACUAGUCAGGUCGGCUUGUUUAUAGGAUUAAGUAAUCCAUGGUAAAGACGCUGUCCGGCAGCUGUAUCCAGUACACUUUUGCCACGGUAUCUAAAGCCACACAUCCUAUCCAGCAUUCUGCGAGAUAGCAGUGGGUGUACUAGCAUUUUUUCCUGGUUUCUCUGUGGUUAGGUCUGCGUUUGCGCUAGGCCACUGCCUUUUGAUGUCCGGCGUCACAGUCGAUGGAUUCCACUAUUGCUUCACGAAGUAGGUGCAACUGUGACUUGCUCGCGCAUUUGUUUAUCGAUGAGCCGAACUUUUAACCUGAGGUAGCUUGACCUCAUUCUCUUCUCCCCUUUUUCCCAGUUAAACUGACUGGGGAGGAGAUUCGGUACUUUGACAUACGUGACACGAAGUCGCUGUCUAACUCGUGCCCCAGACGGUGAGAGCUGGAAUAAAGGAUAGAUCAAAGAAUGCUGACGGACUCGUUUGAGAGGCCCAAAUUAUCUUUUCAAGUGGUAGCUACCAAAAUCACUGACAGGUUCGAUUGCGUCAGAUUUAGUAUGAUGGAAAAUACGCCGACUUCUUACGAGAAAGCAUUUCCAGGACUCGCCCCCCCCCACCUUAAUGUAUUAGUGACCAGUCCAAACCCCUUGGAAAACUGGUGGUGAGAUUGCGCACUGUGCCCAGCGUAGUGUUGACCCCGGUCUAACAGACAUCGCAGUGUCAAGGGGGGAUCACAUUGUCCUAUGUUUGUCGGGCUGCUCUGAGUCGGCGUGAGUCAGUUACUAUUGCCAUACAUGCAUGUGACACAUUUUGAUUUACACGCUCAUAUAUACCUAACAACCCCUCAUUAAUCUCAUUCAGUCAACGUCAAACAGUUCGGCCAUAGCACCUGCCAACCCUGGUGUUGCUCAGCUCAGCUAUGCAGCCCUGCAAGUGCAGCAACCACAAGCUGUGUCCGCUACUUCAACCGCCACCGUUACAAGUACUGCUAGUGCCCACAAUGUUGCGCCGGCAAAUAGCAAUACGACGACACCAUCGUUGGCGCGCUUCAUCCCACCCCAAACGACGACGUCUGCCGAGUCUGUCGGCAACGGCUCAAGCUGUCGCCUUUCAGUCCCAAUCACCAGUGUGUCAGUGUCGGUGGCGUCGCUUGGUCAACAGCGUGCCCGUGUUUUGCCCACCGUAGCGUCCACAACCGUCUCCUCUUCCCCCGCCUCAUCCACCAUGGCCUCAGUAAAGACAAUCAAGUAUGCCUCUCCUAUCGUCGUGGUUACUCAACAGUCCUCUGUUGGCAGGAGAGUAGCUGCUACUCACCAACAGUCGCAGCAGUCUGCGGCCUCAGGAGGUGGAGACCACGAGGCGCCGACCGCUCCUGUUGCGGUUGCUACCCUGGGCUCUUUUCCUCUCGAGACGGCUGUACUGAAGGCGCGCAGCUGCGUCCGUGUCGCACCGGGAGCUGUCCCUGCGGAAACCUUGGUCACGGCGGCGGAAACCCUCGCAACGACCUCCGCAGGCACACCGCCAGCGGUCACAACAUCACGGCGCGUGGUGAUUGUCAGUGCACAGGACCCCCCAACUAGUUCUACUUCCUAG